CAGCAGCAGCAGCAGCAGGACAAUGGGCUGUAUCCACCACGGAUCGUAACGGGCGCCGGGCUGUUUCCGACCAACUGCAAUAUAAGGAGGUGAAUGUCAAACAGCUCCAGGAUGCUGCCGUCCUCAUCCCUGCUGACCUGCUGUUCAUCAGGGAGGAUCUGAUUUACCAAACAUGAUGAAGACUGAGCCCCCGUCGGCCACGGGGAGCAACGGGGCGUCGGGUGGGAGCAGCGGGGGAAGCGGGAGCUCGAACCUGCGGAGUCCCUCACCCCACCGCAAUGCCUACGAGGCGGGGCUGGCGGCGCUGAAGAAGGCCACCGACCACCUCAACAAUGCCGCGAACGGAGGCUCUGAGCCCGCCUCAAAACCCGCCCCGCUGCCCCGCCCGACCGGGAGGGGCAGGAGAUACGGAUCAAACGUUCACCGCAUCAAGAACAUGUUCAUGCAGAUGCAGUCUCCUGGUGAUGAGGAGGACGGAGCCAAAAUGAUUGGUAAAGAUCAGGCGGUUAAACUGUCUCUGCCGAGAGCAUCCAGCCUCAACGAGAACGUCGACCACAGCGCCCUGCUCAAACUCGGGGGCACGGUCUCAGAGAGGGUCAACCGGUUUGACUCUAAGGCAGGUGGGGAGGGCGGAUGCUCCGCCAUGGGUCUCUCCAAACUGCAGGAGACCAGGAGGAUCUUUGAGCAGCGGACUCUACAGGAGAAGCAAGCGGCCACUAACCGGAUCCUCCUGAAGAAGGAGCGGGCGUCAGGCUUCCAGGGCAGCCGUCUAGACGUUGUGGCUCGCUUUAAUGGCUCCACUGAGGCUCUGGACCGGCUGGACGACCCCCCUGCUCCUAUUCCCGCUCCCACUCCCCCUACUCUUCCUGCUGCUGCGGCUUCAGUCGGGCCCGGUGAGGCCGUCAGCCCCACUGUGAGCCAGCUCAGUGCCGUGUUUGAGAAGGGCGAACUGCAAAACAAUCUCUACCUCCCCCAGCGUCGGUCAGCCCCUGCCCUAGCACCAAAGCCCAAACCUCCAGCCAGAGGGGAGGCUGUCAGCAGGAAGGCGAAGGUGUUGCCUCCAGGUAAGGACCCCGAGGUGGAGACAGCAGGAGGUGUGAGCACUCAAGGAGCAGAGCUACCAGAAAUGACAGGCUCUCUGCAGAGGAGCGUAGAGGGAGUGGUGGCCAGCGAGGAGAAGGAAGCGUUCGGACAGUCAGGAGACCAGCUGUCCAACUCCUCCUACUCCUCGUCAUCCUCAGUGGCCGUCACUUCCUCCUCUUCCUCUUCAGAGGCCAAGCCGGAGUCGGAAGCCCAUCCAACAGCGACUGAGGCCAGGGGCUCGAGUACAGUGGCUGCCCCUGAACGUGAGCCGCAAGCUGGCGAGCAGGACGACUCCACCGGGGGGUCUGAGGCCGGGUCCAGGCUGGUGCAGGCGGAGGUUCACGCCUCGUUGGAAAACGGAGAAAAAGAACCUCCAGGUUCCUCUCCCUCGGAGGAGGAGAAAGGAGAGGAAGAGGAGGACGAGAAUGAUGAUGAUGGCUCGAGGAAGGAGGAUUACUCGGAGGGGGAUCUGGUGGAUAUCAGUGCGUACAGCGGGCUUGGGGAGGAGGACUCUGGAGGGAGCCAACUGGACGACGAGGAGGAUGAGGAAGAUGAGGAGGCGUAUCAGCCGGAGACCAGCUGCUCUGAGAUUGCCGGCCUCCCUGAGGAAGAGGAGCCCGCGCCGUCCAAUAGGAAGAUUCAAUUUAGCACUGAGCCAAUCAAGGUCUUUACCACCUACUCUAACGAAGACUAUGAUCGACGUAACGAUGAUGUCGACCCCAUGGCGGCCUCGGCUGAGUACGAGCUGGAGAAGAGAGUCGAGAAGCUGGACCUGUUUCCCGUUGAGCUGGAGAAAGACAGUGAUGGUCUGGGCAUCAGUAUCAUAGGUAUGGGUGCAGGAGCUGACAUGGGUCUGGAGAAACUGGGGAUCUUCGUUAAGACGGUCACCGAGGGUGGAGCUGCGCAGAGAGACGGCAGGAUCCAGGUGAAUGAUCUGAUAGUGGAGGUUGAUGGGACCAGCCUCGUCGGCGUCACUCAGAGCUUUGCUGCUUCCGUCCUCCGCAACACCACCGGCACUGUCAGGUUUGUGAUUGGCCGAGAGAAGCCGGGGGAGCAGAGCGAAGUGGCUCAGCUGAUCCAGCAGACUCUGGAACAGGAGAGAUGGCAGAGAGAGAUGAUGGAGCAGAGAUACAAACAGUACAUGGACGAUGAUGAAGAGACGGGUGAAUAUGCGACAGACGAAGAGGAGGAGAUGAGUCCUGUGUUUCCAAACUCCAUUGAGGUUUUCGACCUGGCGGAGAACCAGGACAUGUUGUCUCCUGUGGAGCUGGACCCCGAGAAGCUGGCCCACAAAUUCAAGGAGCUCCAGAUCAAACAUGCAGUAACCCAGGCGGAGAUCCAGCUGCUAAAGAGAAAGCUGGCUCACGCAGAGCAGGAUAAGUUGCGUUGGCGGAUGGAGCGCGCUCAGUUGGAGCAAAACAUCCGGGACAGUAAAGAGAGGAUGGAGAAACUGGAGGGCUACUGGAUGGAGGCACAGUCCCUGUGUAAGGCGGUGGAUGAACACCUGAAAGAAACCCAGGCUCAGUACCAAACCCUCGAGAGGAAAUACAGCAAAGCCAAGAGACUGAUCAAAGAAUACCAGCAGAAGGAGAUCGAGUACCUGAAGAAGGAGACAGCACAGCGUCGGGCGCAAGAAGAGAGCGAGGCAACACACAAAGAAGAGACGGACAACCUGCAGGAAAAGAUUACAGACUUGGAGACCAAAGUGGAUGCCCUGAAGACUCCCAAACCCUCCUAGACUGCUGCUACUUCCUACCUCCUUUCUGUGACUCAAAGAGGAGGAGCUCUGCCUUCAUUCUGACCGGGGCUGUAUUUUAUUCCAAUCAACCAUUUACUGCACAGACAGGGAACGGCGGGGGAAAACAAAAAGAAUAUCAAGGAUGACAACUGUAAGAGAGAGAGGACGAGGAGGGUGACAUACAAAGAGGAAAAGCAAUCCCUCAUCUACCAUUUGCCAGCAGCUUAGAGCUCCGUCAGUCAAUAACCAAUCCCAGAAUGCACCUUCUGUAAUACCCAGAAUCCUCCUUGUGUGUCUUCCUGGCAACCGGCUUGGCAAUCAACACGGAAACCACAUUCAACAACUUGUACAUCAUUUAUGGAUGAUCUGUUUUCACUUCUCCUCUCCUCAUUAACUGUAUUGUACCAGGACUCUGCGAUUGAUUCAGAUUUAUUUUAAAAAAAGCGCUUUUAAUAAACAGGCUCGUCACAAAGUGCUUUAUAGAGUGACAGAGGGGACAAAUGCAGAAUAAAUGGGAACAAAACAAGAAAGGACGAAGGUCAUUUUGUUGUCGUUGUACUUCUUUUGAACUGCGUGGUCGCUGAACCAUCUCUUAAAUUUUUUUUGGGACUGGACUGGAUUCUUACGAAGAGGACAAACGUGUUUUUCUGUUACAUGGCGUUGGGUCAUUCGAAAUCAAGAACUAAGUGUCCACCUCAUUUUUAAAGACACAACUCUUAUUCUGAAGUGGAACCUCUGUAGUGAUGACACACCAUGACAAAAACUAACUUUGAAAAGGAAAUAGCCACCACACUAUGAAAACUAUGAAACAAAAUGGCCGACAAAUUUCUGAUGAGUGGCAAAAACUGGUAAAUAACAGAAGAACGCCCCGCCCCCAGCCUUUGUUUUAUCUUUUCCAGUCUAAUUCUCUGCGAGUGAUGGAAGGAAUCAGGCAGAAGCGUGCAUUUCAGGUCUGAACUGGUGGCAUACUGUUUGUAUAUAUUCUAUACAUGUAUUUAAAAGUGUUUAAAUGGCUUAAGCAAUUAAGUGGGUCUGAUAGCGGUGAGUAAAGCGGUGCAAUGAGGGAGUGGUAACGUCUUGCUGUGGAAGGUUGAGUGGUUCAGUAGCCCAGAUUCAGUCUGUUUCAUCUCUUCUCUCUCAACAUCAGUGGCAGACAGGGUGUGAAUAGUCUAAUAUGUGCUUAUAGAGCUUCUAAUGGUGUAUAUUUGUUGGUGUUUACUACAGUAUCUGUGGGUUUACAUGCAUUCCAACAUCCUGUUAUUCGGGAUAGUCAUGUACUAUAUUCUUGAGUUGGUGCAGGGAAACGUUGCGUUCUGUUUUCAGAAAUUUGCUCUUAUCCAGAUCACAAAAAAAACUGAAUAUGCUCACUUGAAUAUACCAGUGUUAUGAGGCUAUUUCGUGUGCAGCUUCCACUAUGCAUCUGCUGCAUAGUUUCCUGCACUCAGGCUGCAGGGUAAAGUGAGAAUAGUCACUAACGUCCUAUAUUGAGAAACAUCUGAUAUGUACAUCAGGAUCUCCUGACGUGAAUGUUUUAGUGUCCGCUGUUCAAACAUUUCUUUGAGGCAGAACUUCAGAAAUAAUCUCAAUGUUUGAGUUAAAUUUAAGUGGGUGGAGCCAUAGAGACAAAAAAUCCCAACCAAUGAUAGAUCUUUGUGCCAGAUAGUGAUAUUGGAGAGUUCUGAUCACAAUGUAUUGGACAGUAUUCUCAUUUUUACAUAAAUACAGUUAAGGAGCCUUUACUAACAGCUGAUGCUGUUGAUUGUCACUCUGUACUUGAUAUGUUGUUUUACCUUGAAAAGUAGCUUCAAUAGAAUAACUGUUAGAAGUUUUUCAGUAGUUGUAGUUGAUGUUUUCUCUUCGGUGGUUCCAUCCCUGGUCCCCUCUUGGUCUUUAAAUAUUGCAAAUAUUUUUACACAUAGCAAAUCCAUAGCUGAUUAACAGACGUCUUGAAAACAGUUCCAGUCAAUCAUAUGAAAUAUUGUAGGUAAAAUUCACUCAUGACUGUCUGUUCCUACCAGACUUCUCCAGGAACACAAGGUAAACUCAGAGCAACAGCUGCAUGAGUCAUCCUCUUAAUGAGUCUGACAAAAGUACAGCCUGGAGCUCCACAAAAGGAGAUUUGGUUAUGAAAGAACUGUGAUCAAGAUAUGUCCUGACACAUUUUACAGUUGGAAAAUAAAUUUGUCAGCGCUCUGCAAAGUAUUUAAUGAGAAUACUGUUUCUACGUGACCUCAGACUUAUUACUUCCUGUUACUUAUCAGCUAAUAUUAACUAAUAAUAUUGCCCAUGGCCAUAAUGAUUACAUUUCUCUGUAAGCAACUCAACUCUAUACCAAACUAUGAAGUUUUAACCACAACUGGAUACUUAGUAUACGUGUUAAAGCCUCGCCAAUAAAUUGCCAGGCGGAAAAAUGGGAGCAAAAAAGUAAAAAACGUAAUUAUAUAAGAAACUAAAUAUGUAACAUUGAAAUGUAACAGCUCCUCUACCUACUGUUAAAAUUUAAAUGUCGAAUUAAAUUCAAUUAAAUUAUUAGUUUAAAUUAAAUUUUAGUGUCUUAAUGUUACCAAUACAUUUUAAAACCACUUGAUUUUUUUGACCUGACUUAAACUUUUAUACCUGAAUUUGACUUACUAUGAGUUUUGGGAAUAUUUGACACUUGAAUUUUGAAUUUGUGAACCUUGAAAAAAAUCUAAGUUUUUGCAAUUGUACAAAUUUCAAACCAAAUACCUUAAGACGAAUAGAUUUCAAAGUAAAAUAUUUCACUGAUAUAAAUGUAAUGAUAUUUCAAUUUCAAUUCAGUUAUGUAUUCAGAAGGAGUUAAAUGUCAAAACUAGUGAAAUAUUCAAAUUAUUAUGGCCUUUCAUUGAUUUCAUAUCGGCCAAUUUAUCAGUCAGACUGUUAGAGCUCUACUAAGUAAUCUAGGUCAUCUAGCCUAGACUGAACAAACUUGGUUGUAGCAAUACAUGCUAAUUUAGCCUACAGGCUUCCCAAAAGCGUAAUAUACAAUUGUCAUGAAUGAAAGUUUUUUUUUUUAUUGAUAUUUCAAUCAGUAUUUGACUUUUCUAGUUAGCUAGCGGAGCCUUUCUAUGCUAACGUAUCAGGAUAGUUUUGCCUCUGAGAAAUGUUUGUCUAACAACUUUCACAUGGAUAUGAGCUACAGUGUUAUUCAGAAAACAGUGUGCAUGUAAACACACUCUGCACAUCUUACAUUAGGAGGAGAGUAAAAUGUCCCAGUGCCAGUAUUAUGACUUUAGAAAAUGGAAUUAAGUUAGUGAUACAUAUAUGCCUGACGUAGUCCAAAUAUAGGUUGAAUACAAAUAUGUUGAUGUGGUCAUGAAAGGUCAUCUACACACUUCUUUUUUUAUCCCAAACAAAUAUUUUUAUUCGAUCAGAUAAAUUCAAUAAGUUGCAAGAAGUUUUAAAACACACAGCACAAAGAAAGUUGUUGAAAAUGCUUGCACCUAAAAUUUGCCACUUAGAUUGUCACUUUGGAAACAGUAAUUAAUCGCAAUUUAUUUCAUUCUCUAUAUAGAGGAUGGACAUAUUGACUGUUAGGGAUUGAACUGUGACUCUGUGGUAACAGUACAGUCUGUAUGUUUAGACAGUUAUACAUCUAAUUAUUUGAUGAUGAUUUGACUGUACCCAGUAGUUGAUGAUGGCUGUUUGAUGUUCCAUAUAUGAAGUUCAUAUUGGUAUAUGGAUGAUGGUGAAAUGGUGCUUAGUAAGACAGUGUGCAACACAAGUAAUUUAUACAAAGUUUUGAAUGGCCCGGUUGUGUGUUUUGCUGCUCUAGUGUCAUUCACCACCAUGAUUAUUGUGAGUUCAUGAAUGUGUUAAUCAAGGCAAUACAGCUUGCUGGCAAGCUCCCGUUAGGUUGCAUCCAUUGAAAAUGCUGAAUUAGAAACAAUAAAUUAGGCUACUAAUUUUAAUCAAUACUGAAUUCAACCAUUUUUGGUUGAGAGUUUUACCCCUGUUGUAAGAUACAGAGAAGUUAAGGACAUAAAAAAUUAACUUUAGGUCUGCGUGGAGAGCAGAGAUCAAAUUUCGCAAAAACAAAAUCAUGUUGUGCAGUGCAUGUUAUUUUUAGCCAUGUUAGUGUCAGUCUAUCUGUCGGUCGGCCCACUGCUUUGGUCCAGACUGACGUAUCUCAAUAACUGUUGGAUGGACUACCAUGAAAUUUUGUAGGAACAUUCGUUGUGGCCAGAGGAUGAAGCCUAAUAACUUUGGUGAUCCUCUGACUUUUCAUGUAGUGCCACCAUCAGGUCAAGAAAAAAUAUUGAUUUGUCCAAUAUGAGCAUUCUAGUAGACUUCUAUUUGUAUUAACAUGGUAAAGUUGAAUCCUGCCAACCUGUCAUCAGCAUGUUAGCAUCAUCACUGUGAGCGUAAUCGCAUGCUAACAUUAGUAUUUAGCUAAAUUCACUACUGUGUCCAAGUACAGAACAGAGCCGCUAGCAUGGCUGUAAACUAGUUCUGUUUAAACUAUUUAAAAAAAAAAAAAAAAAUGUUUGUUUUAAUAUCUUGCAAACACAAAAUAACUUUAACAAAUCACAAAUAUAUAUGUGGAUAAAGCAAUUCUGCUUGUGAUUAAAAUUGAAAUCAAUGUUGCAUUACCACACUUACAAACUGUUAGCUAGAAUCAUUGUUUGUUGUCCCUUUACAUGUUGAGGUAUUUGCUCUCCAUGCUUGUUUUGCGUUGACAAAUCUGUCCCUACCAGCUCCGCAGCAGACUUCACCCCAACUCUAAUGGCAAGUUUCUCUCAAAUUGUUUGAGCUCAAGUGUCUGAAUUGAUACCUGUGACCUACAGGAAGUAGUUUGUAUAAAAUGUGUCGGGGAAUUAUUUAGUCACAAACAGGAAUAUGAGAAAUUUGAACCAAAUGGAUAUCUCAUUCUUCUGUUGUGCUGCAUUCUUUUCGCCUGUCCUGAUGUAAUUAUGUUUGAACAGGACAAGGAGGAGCAACUCCAGACUCACAGUAUAAGGGUCAUGUUUUCAUGCAAUAUUGAAUCAGACAUAACAACAUUUUUUUCUUUUAAAAGCACCAAGUAUUUGUUUAGAACUUGCAGUAUGUUUACAUCAUCCUGUUAGAGAGAGAGCAUUUUUAAAGGAAUCAAAAUCAGCCAUAGGCGACUCACUUGAGUAUUUUUAUUAUUUUUAUUACAGUUUUAUCUCUAUGUCAAACCGACGCGAGCUGUAUAAUUGCUGUUUCAUCACCAAAUCAAGUCCUGGUCACUUUGGGUUUAAUAUCUAAACACAGUUAGUGAUCACUUUGCCUUGUUAUGAUGACUUUUUCUCGUUAGUUAAACAUGCUGCUUUUGCCUUUACAAAGCCUUCAAAUGUGUGUGUGCUAGCUGUAGCUGACUGUCACAGUUGUUGCCCAUCAUGUCUGCCCAUCGCUCAUACCUGCAUUAAAAACAAAAAACAAAAUAAGGGUUACCAGUGUUUAAAGAGUGUUCACCAGUGAUUACAGACAAACUGCCAUGACUGACGGAUUGUAGCACUACAGCAUUUACCUAUUGUUACAGAUUGUAGACAGAUUGAUGCCUUUCUCCAUGACAUUUCUCAUUACUUCUUAUGUUUUAAUUAUUUAUUAAAUUCAGUUCUUUCCCCUGCUUUGCAUUCUGGGAACUGUCUUACAAAACCCAUUGCCCCACUGGUGGCCUCUGAGCAGCUCUGUAGGAGCAGGUGAUGGGGUUUAGUGCCUUGCUUCAGGGUUAAAGGUUCAUGAUUGUUGAGAGUAGCCUGUCCAAGUGUACAGACGUGUGUUCCACCACCAGCACCCUAUUAUCACAGCUUCCUUAUUCCCCUUGUGUUGAUGAGCCUCCUGGUCAGAAUUGCAUUAAGGUGUUUGGACCCCGUUAUACCUGCUGACAAGUCUAGUUUCUUUUGACUUUGUUGAUGCAAUGACUGGCUUUUUGAUGCUCAGGGUGGAAAACUAGAAAACUCUGUCCUGUAACCACUGGUGACCAGUCUUUAAACACUUCACAGCCAGAGCCAAUAGGAUUAGUAGAACAGAUGCCUGUAGACUUGUGCUCAUAUAAUGUUUAAGAAUCUGGAAAAACUGGUGAAAAUGUUCAGUUACAGAAAAUAUGGUAUUUAAAACGAUUUUUUUAGAAUAAUUUUUUGUUGGAAUUUUCCGUUUGCAUCGUUUUAUUAUGAUUCAACACGCAAACUCCAUGGCAUUUUAGCACUUUUUUAUAAUAUUAACCCAUGGCUUGACUUCUUCUCAUAGAUUGAUUAAAUCAGAAUUAGGUGUCAUGUGGUAUGCUAAAUGAGUGAUCAUGGACUGAGCGGUGCCAAACACUGUGAGCAGGACAAUCUGACAGUGUGUAAGCUGAGCGACCUUUGAGAGUGUCUCAGGUCUGAAACAGAUUUCCUUCUCUGCCUGGUUCUGUUCUACAGUUGAUGCCACCAUGUUUGUCUGAACCAAUACCUGUCUGUCAGCAUUAAUAAAUAAAUAUAUGUUGAA